ACGCUUCCAGAAGGGUCCGUGCUUCCGAGCUCGGAAAGAAAUGUCUGAAUAUCCUCACCCACUUCCGAACCCAAAAGCAUCAACGGUAACAGAAAAAUCAACCAUGUCGCUACCAGAAUUCAAGCAGAAUUUCCUCAAGGACUGCGUGUCAGCCGGCGCGCUCAAGUUUGGCACCUUCACACUGAAGUCCAAGCGCAUAUCACCCUACUUCUUUAAUGCGGGACUGUUUCACAGAGCCGACCUGCUACGCUCCAUAUCCUCAGCGUAUGCGCACACUCUCAAGGCACAUGGCGAGUCAGACCCUUCGUUCCAGUGGGACAUUCUGUUCGGACCAGCGUACAAGGGAAUUCCACUUGCAGCAGCAUCAGUCGACAAGCUUGCAGACCUUGAUCUCGCCAAGUACGGACAGAAGAGCUACAGCUUCAACCGUAAAGAAGCAAAGGACCACGGUGAAGGCGGAAACAUUGUCGGUGCAAGUCUGAAGGGAAAGAAGAUUGUUAUCGUUGAUGAUGUCAUUACCGCUGGUACUGCAAUCAGGGAGGCUAUUGAUAUCAUCAAGAGGGAAGGUGGAGAGCUGGUCGGCAUCAUCGUUGCUUUUGACAGGCAAGAGAAGACACCUACUCCCAAUGACGAGGAUGGGAAGCCAGGACCAAGUGCGAUUGGUGAGGUCAGGAAGCAAUAUGGCAUUCCCGUUCUGGCUAUCUUGACGCUGGAUGAUGUUGUUCAGUAUUUGAGGAGCUUGGGUGGUGAAGAGGAUCUGAAGAGGCUAGAUGAGUAUCGGGAGAAGUACAAGGCGAGCGAUUAGAGCGCCCUAGAUGAGUAUCCACCAGGUUACGGUUAUGGAGUACGGUUGAUGGCGAAUGCCGGCUGCGAAAACGCCGUCUAGGAUGCAAUUCAAGCUGCAAGCACUCCAAUUUCACAACGUUCCUCCAGCCCCAUGAAGCUGUGCCUGAUCCUGAG